AGAAAAGGAAAACAAGGGAUGAACAAUUACACUAGUGACAUUCCCAUGAACUUUCGUUCAUGUUUUCUGCAUUUUCUGUCUAGUGUUUCACCAAGUUUCACCAAAAAUGCAUGUUUGCCUCUAUAUAAAUAAGCACCACAUCAUUCAAGCAACACACAACACUCCAAUCCUCCUCCUCUUCUCUACUAUGGCUUCUUCCCACCAAUCUCUCCUUGACAAACCCAAAAGGAACAUUUCCAGAACCAUCUGCCUCUCUCUCUUUCUAGCUGCCAUCAUUGGCUUCUCAGCCCUUGUUUCUUCUUAUCUCUUCACAUCCUCUUCUCCCUUCUCCUUCUUCAACCUCUCCUACCCUCAUCAUCAUCUCUGUGAUCAUGCCCUCCACAAAUCAUCAUGCCUUGCCCACGUCUCUGAAUUAGCCAAAGCUUCAACCUUUAGUACGAUCAAGGACCAAAAAUCCAACUUGAUUCAAUCCUUCCUUAUGAAAUCCGCCGCACAAAUCAAAAAUGCCAUUGACACAACCAAAGCCAUUAAGUAUAGAAUUAACAACCCAAAAGAGCAGCAAGCUCUGCUAGACUGUGAGGGCCUUCUAGGCUUGUCAGUUGACAGAGUUUGGGACUCAAUGAUGGCUCUCACAAAACAGACCAUCAAAUCCCACGAAGAUGCUCACACAUGGUUAAGUAGUGUUCUCACUAAUCAUAUAACUUGCUUGGAUGGGCUAGAAGGGUCUGCCAGAACCCUUAUGGAGACUGAGCUGAAUGACUUAGUGUCCAGAGCAAGGACCUCCCUAGCCAUGCUUGUUCAUGUUUCGCCUUCUAAGGCUGAUGAUCCUAUUGAUGUGCCACUCGAUGGAGAAUUUCCCUCAUGGUUGACGAGCAAGGAUAGGAAGCUUUUGGAAACUACUUCUGCAAAGGACAUUAAGGCCAACGUUGUGGUGGCUAAGGAUGGGAGUGGCAAGUUUAGGACUGUGAACGAGGCUGUGGCGUCGGCACCUGAUAAUGGUAAGACGAGGUAUGUUAUUUAUGUUAAGAAGGGAAUUUAUAAAGAGAAUGUUGAGAUUGGAUCCAAGAAGAAGAAUGUGAUGCUUGUGGGUGAUGGUAUGGAUGCCACUAUCAUCACUGGAAGCUUGAAUUUUGUCGACGGAACACCCACCUUCAGAACCGCCACCGUCGCUGCGGUCGGGGAUGGAUUCAUAGCGCAAGACAUAUGGUUCCAAAACACGGCAGGUCCACAGAAGCACCAGGCGGUGGCUCUCCGCGUCGGAGCCGAUCUCUCCGUCAUCAACCGCUGCCGGGUCGACGCCUUCCAAGACACUCUCUACGCCCACUCCAACCGGCAAUUCUACCGUGACUCCUUCAUCACAGGCACUGUCGACUUCAUCUUCGGCAAUGCCGCAGUCGUAUUCCAGAAGUGCAGCCUUGUGGCGCGAAAGCCCAUGAAUAACCAGAACAACAUGAUCACAGCUCAAGGACGCGAAGACCCGAACCAGAACACAGGGACUUCCAUCCAGCAAUGUAACCUAACACCGAGCUCCGAUCUCAAGCCUGUCGUGGGUUCAGUCAAAACCUUUUUGGGUCGUCCGUGGAAAGAGUACUCUAGAACUGUGGUGAUGCAGUCAUUCCUGGACAGCCACAUUGACUCAACAGGAUGGGCUCCGUGGGACGACAAGCAAUCGACAUUGAAGAAUUUGUAUUAUGGAGAGUACAUGAACAAGGGACCCGGUGCUGGGACUGCGAAGAGAGUGAAAUGGCCUGGGUAUCACGUGAUUACAAGUGCUUCUCAGGCCAGCAAAUUUACCGUGGCUCAGCUCAUUCAAGGUGGGACUUGGCUGAAGAACACAGGGGUGGCCUUCAUUGAGGGACUCUAGAUCCCGUGCCUCUUAGACCUUGGAGAGACUGUUUCUUUUCUGGGCUUCAUUAAAUAUGCUAGUUUUAAGAAGUUGGUGCUGCAUGAGGCAUGAAUUGAUGUUAUAUAUGAAUUAAUGGAUGGCCAUAAAUAUGUAGCGUAUCAUGUUUGGAAAUAAGUAUCAUCUAAUAAACUUAUAACCCAAACAUUUUGGUGUUCUCUUUUCUUUGUGAAAAGUCCAGGUGUUCGUCUAA